UCGGCGCCAUUUUUAAUACAUCAGAAGCUAGCUACCGUUAGCUGUUUACAAGCCCAAACUUUUAACUUGAGACGGAAACCUAAAGCAAGCCCUCAACUUCAGCGAAAAUGAAUGUAAUAGAUCAUGUGCGGGAUAUGGCUGCUGCUGGCCUUCACUCUAAUGUCCGGAUAUUGAGCAGUUUGUUGCUGACGAUGAGUAAUAACAAUCCGGAGCUGUUCUCGCCGGCCCAGAAGUACCAGUUGUUGGUUUACCAUGCUGAUGCCAUUUUCCAUGAUAAGGAAUAUCGUAAUGCAGCCUGCAAAUACAGCAUGGCUCUGCAACAGAAGAAAGUGCUCAGCAAAACCUCCAAAGUCCGUACUUCUACUGGUGGAGCAGCAUCUAACAUACAGGCGCAGAGUCUGCCAUCAGAAAUAGAGGUAAAAUACAAGAUAGCUGAAUGCUACACCAUCUUGAAACUGGACAAAGAUGCCAUUGCAGUGCUGGAUGGGAUUCCAUCCAGACAAAGGACUCCAAAGAUCAACAUGAUGUUAGCUAACCUGUACAGGAAAGCUGGUCAGGAGCGUUCUGCUGUGACGAGCUACAAAGAGGUUCUCAGGCAAUGUCCCCUCGCCCUGGACGCAAUCAUUGGUCUUCUCUCUCUAUCAGUCAAAGGAGCUGAAGUGGCAUCCAUGACUAUGGAUGUGAUCCAGAGCAUCCCCAACCUGGACUGGCUCUCUGUUUGGAUCAAAGCCUAUGCCUUCAUACAUGCAGGGGACAAUCAAAGAGCCAUCAAUACCAUUUGCUCUCUGGAGAAAAAAUCUCUCCUGCGGGACAACGUGGACCUCCUGGUGAGCCUGGCAGAUGUCUACUUCAGGGCAGGGGAUACUAAAAAUGCCAUCCUUAAAUUUGAACAAGCCCAGAUGCUGGACCCAUACCUCAUCAAAGGAAUGGAUGUUUAUGGCUACCUGAUGGCUCGUGAGGGACACCUGGAGGACGUUGAGGUCUUGGGAGGACGAUUAUUUAAUAUUUCAGACCAGCAUGCUGAACCCUGGGUGAUCUCUGGUUGUCACAGCUUUUAUAGCAAGCGUUACUCCAGAGCCCUCUACCUGGGAGCCAAGGCCAUCCAGCUGAACAGCAACAGCGUGCAGGCUCUCCUCCUGAAGGGGGCAGCACUGAGAAACAUGGGUCGUGUUCAAGAAGCCAUCAUCCACUUCAGAGAAGCUAUGCGUUUGGCACCCUGCCGCCUUGACUGCUAUGAAGGUCUGAUUGACUGUUACUUGGCAUCUAAUGGGAUUCGAGAGGCUAUGGGGAUGGCUAAUAACAUCUAUAAGACUCUGGGGGCCAAUGCACAGACUCUGACCAUCCUUGCCACAGUGUGCCUGGAAGAUCCUGUGACCCAGGAGAAAGCCAAAACCCUGCUGGACAAAGCUCUGGCCCAGAGGCCUGACUACACCAAGGCUGUGGUCAAAAAGGCUGAACUGCUGAGUCGAGAACAGAAAUAUGAGGAAGGGAUCGCUCUCCUCCGGAAUGCUCUGGCCAAUCAGAGUGAUUGUGUCCUGCACAGAAUGUUGGGAGAUUUCCUGGUUGCUGUCAAUGAUUACCAAGAAGCCAUGGAUCAGUACAGUAUAGCACUAAGCCUGGAUCCCAAUGACCAGAAGUCUUUAGAAGGCAUGCAGAAGAUGGAGAAAGAGGAGAGCCCCACAGACGCCACAGUGGAGCUGGAUGGUGAUGACAUGGAGGGUAGCGGAGAGGACGGAGACCUGGAGGGCAGCGACAGUGAAGCAGCUCAGUGGGCUGAUCAGGAACAGUGGUUUGGUAUGCAGUGACCCUGGCCCACUGAGGGACACUUGGUCAGUACCACCUUCUAACACACUGCAGCCUGUGGGAGGUCUUCAGCCAUCAGGGUUGUCAAACAGAACAACGGGGGCAGUACUGCUCACACCUCACAUGAUCAUAGAGGUUAACACCAGGUGACUGAUGUUGACAAUGCAACUCUGACUGGUGUGCAGAUUUGCAGCACCACUGCAGGACUUCAGUGCUUUUAUGGAAAUGCAGCUUGGUGAGGAACUUCAGCCAUUUUUGCCCUGAUUUUGUUUUCCCAUCAUCUUUGCUCAUCUACACAGCUGUUCAGUACAGUCUUACAGGACCAGGAGACACUCAGCCCCAGAGUGUAUCAAGACGUAUAGUUCAAUAACUUUGCUCACCCUGUUGGAAGAUGUGCUUGUUACAGUGAAGUAAUAUCACUGAUGCUACUUUGGCUCUUUCUUCAGCACCUCUUUGUUUCAUCUUUGCUGCCAGUCUGUGGUUAUUUUAAUAAAUGGAUCACUGCUCAAAGUGAGUGUCAGUGUAUUUAAAAAAAAAAAAAAAAGAGCUUUGCAUCCUUUUUGAGGGGGGUGUGUUCUGCAUAGAGAGCAUAUCCAGGUAAGAUGGGAAAUGAGAAAUGUACAAUGAAGCAACCAUCAGAAUCAACUGGUGUGAUGGGAAAUUUUGUUUGGGCAAAAAUGGCUGAGGUUACCAUUUACAAGGUUUACAGGAAGGACUGGCAAAUAUUUUUAAUUCGUGUUGUAGCAGAUUCACAGGUUUGCACAGAGGAAGCAAAGUGUAGAUAUCAAAGUAUCACAAUAAAGGUUGUGAAUAUGUCAGGACUUUGUGUCUCCAACUGGCAGGUCUAUAAAAAAGAAGUGACAAUGUACCAUAUUUCUGCUGCUCUUUAAAAUGUAUCAUCUUUAUUUUUGUUUUGUCACAUUUGAGGUUUUGUGUCACGUAAUGUACAUGUUUAUUAUUUUGUGCGUUGUAUCUUGAGUCUGCCUUUCUGUAUCAAAAUAACCUAAUGAUUGACUCAUUUUUAAGUUGGGAAGUGUUACUUAAGCAUUUCAAGACAAAUGUUUAUAGUAUUUUGUACAUAUUUUUAAAGUGUAAUAAAAUAAAAUUAUUAAACACUCA